AACACCCCAGAAAUCAAAAAUCAAAUAUAAAAAAAGCAGAGAGAAAUGGGUAGAGAGGAAGCGAAGCUGAGCGAGGCGAAGGCGUCGUACCGGAGCGCAAAGGCGAUCGGAAACCACGAGGAGGAGGCCCGGUGGGCCAACUUCAUCGGCAACUUGCUCAAGGACCGCGGCGAGUACUUGCAGGCCCUCAAUUGGUUCGAUAUCGAUUACGAUCUCUGCAACAAGUACUUGUCCCCGAAGCACUCCCUCGCCACCUGUCAGUCCCUCGGCGAGGUCUAUCUUCGUCUCGAACGUUUCCAAGACGCCCUUGUUUAUCAGAAGAAACAUUUAAUGCUUGCUGAGGAGGCCAAUGACCUUGUUGAGCAGCAAAGGGCCAAUACACAACUAGGUCGUACCUACCACGACAUGUAUCUAAAAUCCGUGGAGGAACAUCAGUCUGCGCGGAAUGCCAAAAAGUACUUCAAGUCUGCUAUGAAGCUUGCGCAGGCUAUCAAAGACAACCCGCCUCCUAAUAAGUCCUUUAUCAAGGAAUAUAUUGAUGCGCAUAACAAUAUAGGAUUGGUUGAACUUGAUCGUGAUAACCUGGAAGAGGCUGAGAAAAUCUUUACUAAAGCAUUAGUUAUUUGUGACCAAGAAGAGGUGAAUGAAUAUGACGAUGCACGCACCAGGCUCCAUCACAAUCUUGGAAAGGUUUACACCGAGCUGAUGAUGUGGGAAGAUGCUCGGGAACACAUUGAGAAGGACAUUCUGAUAUGUAAACAAAUUGGUCAUUGUGAAGGAGAGGCAAAGGGGUAUAUCAAUCUUGGCGAGUUGCAUAACCGUGUCCAGAAGUAUCAGGAGGCAAUCCUUUGCUACCAAAAAGCACUUGAUCUAGCAAAAUCAAUGGAAGAUGAGGAUGCCUUGGUCCGUCAAAUUGAAGACAAUAUCAACACUGUAGAAGAGUUAGGUAAAGUAAUGGAUGACAUCAAGAGUGAAGAGCAAAAUCUCAAGAAGUUAACUAGAGAUAUGGCCAUAGCAAGAGGCACAAGACAGAAAAGGAAAUGUCAGCUCAAGCAAAUUGGUUCUCUUGAUGCUCUUAUUAACAAAUCAGAGACUAUCUCUGCCUGGCCAAAGGUCCUUGAAUUUGCAAAAAAGAAGAAGAAAGUAGCAACUGAAAUUUGUGAUAAAGAAAAGAUUGCUGAUUCACUUUGGUACAUUGGAUUAUCCUACUUGAAGAUAAGGAAGUUCCAGAAAGCCCUUAAAUGGAGCACGAAGAGUUUGAAAAUUUUCAAAUCACUUGGAAACUUGGAGGGACAGGCGUUAGCACAAAGUAACAUAGGUCUUGUUUUGGACAGUGAAGGUGAUUAUGAAGAAGCACUAAAAGCAUUUACAGAUAGCUACAGUCUUGCUCUUGAGGCUAAACUUCCUGAUGUACAGCGUACUGCACUAGAAAAUAUGCACUAUAGCAACUUGAACAGAUUUGACAAUGUUGAAGAGACCAGGAGAUUACAAAUUCUAAUUGACAAAUUGGGGCAGGAAAACAAUGGAGGGCGUGAAAAAGAAAACAUGGAUUGCUGCCCUGAAUCUAGUACAGAAGGGAGCGAUGAUUUCUCUGAUAAUAUGCCUAAUGCAUGCUGUUCAGAAGAGAUAAGAAACUCCCAGCCUAGCAGAUCAGAAUCUUUAAACCAAAAGGAAGAGCUGAAUGAUGACGUACCUUUGAUUUCUCUCAUCCGGUCCACCAAAGCUUCAUCUAAGAUGAAAUCAGCUCAUUUAGAAAACAAUGAGCAUAGAGUGGUGGGCCGUAAACGCAUUCGUUUAGUCCUAUCUGAUGAUGAUGAAGAAGAAGAAAUGUCUGAUGCGGCAGAAAGCCCAAAAUGGACUCAUUUGUAUAUUGCCUUGGUUGCAGUUAAGACUAGAAGUAAUACAGCUAGUCCUACUACUAAAUUUCAGGAUGUCAUAGCCUUGACCUCAAAUUUUGCCACAAGAUCUUCUGAUCCUCCUGUUAAUACUGAAGAAAGCUCUAGUUCAUGCAAAUCCAGGACUCAAAAUAUGGCUACUCCAGACGGCAAAUGUUUUAGAGCGUCAAGUUCUGGUGAAGGUCUUAAUGCUAGUGGCUCUAGAUGUGAGGUCACUGUCUCUGGAAAUAUAUUGCAGAAAAAUGACGCUGCACAGUUUAUGUUGCUUACUUUGGAUGAUAAACAUAAUCAAUGUAUAACUUUUGAAAUCGAUGAAGACCUAAUACAGGGCUCAUUCAUUGCUUCUGAUAAUCUAAGCAUUGAGUCAGUGAAGGUUCAACUGGCGUGCUUAUAUUAUUUGCAGCUUCCUAUGGAGAGAAAACUCGAGGGGUUGCUUCCAAUAAUUCAGAAUGUAAAAUGUGGGGGAAAGGUUAUUGAAUACCUGGAAACAGUUGAAACAUUUCAGGGGCACAUGGGAAAAAUUGUGGUUGAAGCUGUCAUUGUUGGAUGGGUCCAAAAGCGUUUGAUAAAACUAUACACCGAAUACUGCUACAAGUUAUCUGAGACACCCAACAUGAAGUUGCUGAAGAAACUAUAUGAUCUGGGGGUUUCAGACGAUGAAAUUACUGUUUCUGAAUGUGAAUUGCAAGAUCUAUCAAUAACUCCGCUAUUGGAUGUCCUCCAUGCUCGUAAAACAUUUACAAUGCUAGACCUUUCCCACAAUAUGUUAGGAAAUGGUACUAUGGAGAAACUCUCUCAAGUACUCACAUCAUCAGGCCAAAAACAUGGUGGCUUAACGUUGGAUCUACAUUGCAACAGCUUUGGUCCAACUGCUUUGUUCCAGAUUUGUGAAUGCCCUCUGCUGUUUACUCGGUUGGAAGUGCUUAAUAUCUCAGGAAAUCGUCUCACUGAUGCAUGUGCAUCUUACCUUUCAACUAUCUUGGAAAAGUGCAAGGCCCUUUGCAGUUUGAGUAUAGAGCGAUGCUCCAUCACAUCUAGAACUAUUCAAAAGGUUGCUGAUGCAUUGGGUGCUGACUCUGUCCUUGAGCAACUUUGUAUAGGAUAUAACAAGCCUAUUUCUGGAAGUGCCAUUACUAAUUUACUCGUCAAGCUUGGCAGUCUGAAAAGAUUUUCAAAAUUAAAUAUGAGUGGCUUGAAGCUAAGCAAGCCUGUGGUUGAUAGCCUUUGCCAGCUUGCUAAACACUUGUCCUUGUCAGUACUUAUGCUUGGGGAAACUGGAAUUGGACUUGACGGGGCAUUAUUAGUUACUGAGUCAUUGUUCCAUGAAAUUGAUGAGAUUGUAAAACUUGACUUGUCAUAUUGCGGAGUGACACAUGAUUAUGCUGUCAAACUAAGCACCAAUUCUUCUACGAUUUGUGGCAUCCUUGAGCUUAGCCUUUCAGGGAAUCCUAUUAUGCAAGAGGGUAGCAAUGCCUUAUCAUCAAUGCUUUUGAAUUCUCAAUGUUGUCUGAAAGUUUUGGCCCUUCAAAAGUGCCAGCUUGGGAUCUCUGGCGUUCUACAAAUUAUUCAGGCAUUAUCAGGUAAUGUUUGUCUUGAAGAGCUAAAUCUUGCUGAAAAUGCGGAUGUUGGUAAAGAGCAGUCUUUCGAUGAAAAAAAAGAUAAAGAGUACUCUGCACCAUAUGACAUGGCAGAAAAAGGGAAUGUUGGACUCUCGCAGCCAAACCUCAAUAUGCCUAAAUCUUCUCCAUUGGUAUAUGCACCCAAUGAUGUUAGCCAGCUUGAAGUUGCUGAUAGUGAAGAUGAUGAAGUUGGGGUUGAAGCUGCCGCAUCUGCACGCGAUGAGAGCUGCUCAAGCUCAUAUCGAAGAAUUUCCUCGUCUACUGAGUGCCAGUUUCUUGAAGGGUUUUGCACUGCCAUUGAUAUGGCAAAGAAUCUGAGGUUCCUGGACCUAAGCAAAAACGGUUUCUCCAAACAAAGUGCAGAGAUAUUGUAUUCGUCAUGGUCAAGAUCAAGAUCUGAGUCAGCUCGGAGGCACAUCAAGGACAAGACCAUCCACUUCUUUGUGGAGGGAAUGAAGUGUUGUGUGAAAUCCUGCUGCAGGAAGGACUAA